GGGGUUCCCUAGUUCUGGCUGGAAGGUCGCGGCAUGAGGAGGGGGCUUCCAGGUGCAAAACGGCAAGCACAGAGGGGCCGCCUCUUCAAUAUCAGAUAACCCCCCCCCCCCGGCCAGGCCCUCAGUCAGCACCACACACACACACACACACGCCAUGCCCUGGAGUAGGUCCUCCUUGCAGGCGGCAAGGGACCGAGCGGGAUAGACGCAGGGAGCCCCACGUCCCCUCCUGGCUGGCUGCCUGGGCGCAGGAGGGCGCCUCCCUCCAUCUUGGCCCCUCGAAGCUCACAGGGCACCUUUUCUGGGAGGAGAGGAGCGACCAUUCAGAGGAUUGCAAGCUUGCAUUUUAAGUAUUCUUGCACUUAUUGGCCUGGACAAUGGGAUUCCCUAGGAGCAGUUGUACUCAUGACUGAACAGCUGGUUUGAAAAACUACCAGUACACUUCUCCUUAUGUCUUGUGACAGAGAUGCUGAACCAGGGAAAGAACUGGAAGUCGAUGUGUAAAGGGCUGGUCCUGGGGACCCUCCUAACCAGCUUCAUGCUGCUGCUGUACUCCUACGCCAUCACCCCCCUGCAAGUCAGCAUGACGGAGAUCCCGAUCCCUUACUCAUGCUCUUCCUACCCUGCCCAGCUGCGGCUGCCCACAUCAGCCAAUGGUACCCACAACCCGCCGGGCCAGAAGUGCCUCCCCAAGCUGGACGUCAUGUUCAUGAAGACCCACAAGACCGCCAGCAGCACCAUCCUCAACAUCCUCUUCCGCUUCGGGGAGAAGCAUCGGCUCAAGUUCGCCUUCCCCAACGGACGCAAUGACUUUUACUACCCCUCCUUCUUUGAGCGCAGCCAGGUGAAGGAUUACCAGCCUGGCAUGUGCUUUAACAUCAUCUGCAACCACAUGCGCUUCCACUAUGAGGAAGUACGCAAGCUGCUGCCGGCUGACACCAUCUUUGUGACGGUGCUGCGGGACCCUGCCUACCUCUUUGAGUCCUCCUUCCACUACUUUGGGCGCAUCAUCCCCUUGACCUGGAAGCUGUCGGGUGAGGAUAAGAUGGCGGAAUUCCUCCGUGACCCUUGGCGCUACUACGAUCCCAAUGGGUUCAAUGCUCACUACCUCCAGAACCUCCUUUUCUUCGACCUGGGCUACGACAAUAACAUGAAUGCCCAUAGCCCCCUUGUUGACCAGUCUAUCCGGAAGAUUGACGAACGCUUCCACCUGGUCAUGCUCAUGGAGUACUUUGACGAAUCGUUGGUCCUCCUCAAGGACUUGCUCUGCUGGGAACUGGAGGACAUCCUCUACUUCAAGCUCAAUGCCCGGAAAGACGUCUCCAGACUAGAGGACCACAUCUACCAGAAAGCCACCGCUUGGAACCUGAUAGACUCCAAGCUCUACCAGUACUUCAACGCCACCUUCUGGCGCAAAGUGGAAGCCUACGGGAGAGAGCGGAUGGCCAAGGAUGUGGCCCUCCUCCACCAGGAGAAUGAGAAGAUGAAGAGCAUCUGCAUCGACGGUGGUCGUCCUGUGGACGCCAACGCCAUCCAAGAGUCCUCCAUGCAGCCUUGGCAGCCGCUUGGCGAGAAGUCGAUUCUGGGCUACAAUCUGAAGAAAAGGAUCAACAAGAAGCACCGGAAGCUUUGCCGCAAAAUGCUGACGCCCGAGAUCCAGUAUCUCACAGACCUGGGAGUCAACCUGUGGAUUACCAAGCUCUGGAGCCGGGUGCGGGAGUUCCUGAAGUGGUAGCAGAGGCACAAUCCGUCUUUCGGCUCCCUUGUUCCUGCCGCCCCCCGCCCAGGAGAACUGCCCAGGGGCCUGUGUUUUGGUUUCCCUCCCCUACUUCUUCCUUACAUUGGUUGGUUGGACAACAGCCAUCCAGGUGUGCCGUCACCAAAUGUGGGAACUGAUCUGUAACAAGAAGCAUAACAAAAGAAUAGUGGCUUUCGAAUAGCCCCUUCCACUCCCCUGGGACCUGGACAGGUGAGGAGGAAGGAGAGGAAAGGGCAGGGCUUGUGACUAGGGUGGGGAUGGAUCCAUCCUGCUGCCACCCAUUUGGGAGUUGGACACAGGCAAGACGGAAACGGGGGCUUCUCCGCACCGCAAGGCAAAUCCCAGCCCAGCUGCUCUACCUAAGACGAGCAGGACGAACAGCCACAGACAGUGGCGCCAGGACAGAUUUGCCAACUGCAGUAUUUCCCCUAACUCCGAAGAGUGUUUGGCUUUGUCAUAGUAUAAGAGUAAUUCCCUCUCCCCAGGGAACCGUAGUUCUGUGAGGGAAGGCGAAAUAUUUCUGCAGAGCAGGGGUUCUCAGCCUUGAGUUGGAUUAUAUACCCCAUCACCCUAAGCAACGCCAACCACGAAAGAAAUGCUAGGCGCAUUCACAGAACCCGGAAUAGGGUCAGAGGAGCCACCAGCCAGUGUGUGUGCAAUCUCAAGCCCUGGCCGUGUGAACUGAGAAAGCAAGGGAGGAGGAGGAGAGAGUGAUUGCGUGGCAGGCGAGAGCUGGGUCGGACGGCGUUCCAUCCAUCCUCGAUAAAAUGCUGGGAACGGAAUGUGGGUUGACCUACCACAACUCCCAUCUCCCACACAAUCACUCUCCCCUCCUCCUCCUUCCCUGCUCCUACCGUGAGAUCACACAGCCACGGAUUGGGAGCGCGCAUGGCCCUCCUAACCUGGCUGGCAGCUCCUCCGACCCCGUUUCGGAUUGUGUGAACGAGCCUAUGACGUAUCACUUAUUUGUGUGCCCGGAAGCUCAAGCUUUUGUAAGCAGGGCCUGUUGGUGAAUGUCAAAUGUCCUCAGCUAAGUUAACUGUAUGGCUCUGUGUGUGUGUGUGUGUGUGUGUGUGUGUGUGUGUGUGUGUGUGUAUGUGUGUGAGAUCCUCACCCCGCUGAUCCACCUCCCUUAGAUCUCCAUGGAUUGGGACUUGAGGUAACGGAAUAUAGCCUGGUUCUCCGUUCUGGUUCUCAGUCCCCAAAUGCUGCUGCUCCCACUGUCUCACCCUGAGCUAAUGUCCUCUCUGGUUUGAAGGUCCCAGGAUGCCUCUUCUCAAAGAGGAGACGCCAGCUACAAGCGAUGGGAUCUGGUGAGGACCAGGGUACGCACAGGGAGGGCUCAAGGUGGAAAGUGAGGAGGAGAGCAAUUUCCAGUUGAUGCUUCUCGCCAUGAAGAUACUCUUGGAGGAGCAUCAAGGGAGAAACGAGGUCAUGAAUUCCCGGCAGCCACCACUGGGAGCGGCUGCUUCUUGCACAGAGGCUCCUCGAGGACCGGGCUGUGCUAAAGGGCUAAGCGGUCUAGCUGAACUCAGGAAGCAGGUAAUGACUCUGCAUGGUAAGGCAAGAGAGAUCCUGGGAGGGAUGUGCACCCUUGAAGGGUGGGGGAAGAUCCAAGGCAGGGUGCGGGGUUGACAUUAGGGGUGGGGGAGGGUGCACUUACCCCUCCCUCUGCUUUCCCACUGGCGCUCUGUUUGCAAAGGGUCCAUCAAGGUGGCAGUGUACCUUCCUGCCCCCACCCCCACCCCGUUGCCUUGUGGGACCCUACGUCAGUGGAAGUACCCAACACACCCGUGUGCGUUGCGCUCGUGAGCGCGCAUGUUGGGGAGGGGGGCAUGAGUGCGAUAUGCACGUGCCGAUGCGCACAGGCGUGUCGGGUACUUCUGCUGCCACCCUUUGCAAAUGGAGCACCGGCAGGGGGAAAGUGGAGGGAGGGGUAAGUGUACCCUCCCCCGCCCUUAAAGUCGACCCCCCCCACCUUCGAACCGGCAGAACCGGCAAUAAUUCGAACCGGUUCGGGGACCCAUAAAGGGCCUCCGAACCGGUUCCGUGCACAUCCCUAGAUCCUGGCCGGCGUCCCGUGGUCAGCCGGAGGCAGCCAGUGAAGCAGAAAGUAGCUGCUUCAGUAAAGGGAGCAGAGAAAGUUACUCUUCCCAGAUUCCUGGAGCAGGGAAAGAGGCUUGUGGAGGAAGGACUCCCCUGCUUGUGACAAAGAGCUUCUCUGACUAAUGUGACCAGAACUGAAAUCCCCACUCAGUCCACAUUGAGGAAGUUGUUGAGUCACAUUGGGCUCAACGGCCGGGGGGGGGAGCGGUAGAGGCACCCUCCAGCUCUCCAGUGGACUACAACUCCCAUCAUCCUCUGCUGCAGUUGUUGCAGGGGGUGAUGGGAACUGUAGUCCAAAUGACAACUGGAGAGCCUCCACGUGGCCAUGCCGGACCUCCAGGAAGGGAGAAGCUCCUUACCUCAGUCCUUAGAGCAGGGCUGCUCAAUUUCGGGGCCCCCUACAAAUGUUGACCUACAACUCCCAUAAUCCCUGGCUAUUGGCCACUGUGGCUGGGGAUUAUGGGAGUUGUAGUCCAAAAGCAGCUGUGGGGGGCAUUGUUAAGCAGGCCUGCCUUAGGCAAUGUAUUAGCAAACCUUUUCUAGGGUGCCUUCUUUCCUGAGAUUCUGGAUCAAAGGUUGACAUACUGCGCAAUGCUAGCUGCAUAUUGCAAGUUGGGGGCCUGCAGUUGUGCAACAGCAUAAAUUGUGCAAAAUGCAUUUACACAUGGGUAAUCCUGUGCAUCCCAGUGGGAUUACUCACAUGUGAAUGCGCUUUGCAUAAUGUAUGCUAUUGUGAACCUGAGCUCUUGUCCACCUGCAUUCACACCACUUCCAACAUGAGCCUAAUGCUGAACAGUAUGUCAGCCAAAACAUUUUCCUUGCCUGGAAGAAUGGACUCGUUCCCCAAGAAAGAGAACAAACUUCUUUUCUUGGCCAUGGGAUCAGUGUUCCCUCUAAGAGGGAUUCCCAGAUGUUGUUGACUACAACUCCCAGCAUCCCCAUCUGCAAUGGCUUUUGCUUGGGGAUUAUACGAGUUGUAGUCAACAACAUCUGGGAAUCCCUGUUAGAGGGAACUCUGCAUGGGAUUCUUUGCGUCCCUGGUUUAUCAUUUCUUCACUGCUUGUACCAGGGUGGCGAGGCAGAAUGGAGCCCCCCUUCAUAACUGAUGGGGGGUGAGUGAGUGAAGACCCCCAGACACGGAAGCAUCCAUGAGGUUUCGUAGAAUCAAAUCAGGGGGUCAGAAGAAGCAGAAGGGCCUCCAGGAGUUCAUCUUUCCGUUGACUACAGGGCCAUCUGGGUUCAGAAAGCGUCCAUAAAGACUGAUAUUCCAAAGGAAAUUUUGGAAAGGAGAAUCACCUGCCGCUGGUGUGGGAAGGCAGGUGAACCCUAGACUUCCCCAGGGUCUCCCCCUCUGGGCCCCCUCCCUCUCUUCCUGUGAUGGGUUGCAGGCGCUUCAAAGGGCAUCAUUCCCUCUUGACUCUAUCAAGAUAUCUCUAUCUAGCUAGCUAUCGAGACAGAUAUAGAUAUCCCAUGAACUCAAUGUGUGCAUAUCUUGCUCCAUGUGUAAAGAUAAGAAAUUUUUAAAAAAUCACUACAAUUUUGUAAAAUAAUUGUAAUGUAUAUUCAACGGUUUCUUGGUGUGUUGUUUUUUUUUUUUUAAAUACAAAGAUAUUCUAGUUGU